AUGGCAAAAAAGAAAAAAGUGACUGAUCAUAGAGUUUUGAGCUUGCACUUGAAGAAGUGCUCUCACUGCUCAUCAUCAUCACGGCCACAACCAAAACGACCAAAAGCCUCCUUCUCCAAAUCCUUACUUUCAUCUCUGGAGUGGGACGAACAUGCCUUGCACAGUCUGGAUUGGGAUUCCAUCAUGAAGGAUGGGGGUUUACAUGAUGACUCUCUUGCUAACGUUUUGAAGAGUACUGUUCCACAAUCAAACCCAUGUGACCCUCACGUCCCACAUCUUCCGGAAUUCCCCAACUCUCAGGAGGUCCCUUUUGAUCAAGCCCCAGAUUUGAGUCUCUCAGAUGUUUAUAUGAGUCAAAAUAUGGGUUGCAAUUACAAACAACUCCUUGAUCAUUUGGUUCAGCAGUUCAAUCAUGGCCAUAGUUGGCAAAGCAACGGGUUUGAUAUGAUCAAGGAACUUAUUCGAGCAGCCGAUUGCUUCGACACGAGCCAGCUACAGCUCGCCCAGGUGAUAUUGGAUCGGCUCAAUCAACGUCUGCGAUCCCCCGUCGGAAAACCCCUCCACAGAGCUGCGUUUUAUUUCAAAGACGCUCUCCAGUCUCUUCUCUCCUGUUCGAACCGGACCCCACGUCUUUCUUCCUUAGUGGAAAUCGUUCAGAGCAUCAGAACCUUCAAAGCUUUCUCAGGAAUUUCUCCAAUUCCCAUGUUCUCCAUCUUCACCACCAACCAAGCACUCCUGGAAGCCCUUCACGGAUCAUCUUUCAUGCACAUCAUUGACUUCGAAAUCGGUUUAGGCAUUCAAUACGCUCCUCUUAUGAAAGAGAUGGCAGAGAAGUCGGAGUCCUGUAAAAUCAACUCGCCAGUCCUUCGAAUCACAGCGGUCGUGCCAGAAGAAUACGCCGUGGAAAGCAAAUUGAUCAGGGAGAACCUGAACCAGUUCGCCAGCGAUCUCAGGAUCCGAGUCCAAAUCGAGUUCGUGCUGUUCAGAACCUUCGAAACUUCGUUGCUGAACGCCGUCAAGUUCAUGGAGGGAGAGAAGGCCGCCGUUCUGCUAACCCCGACUAUCUUCCGCCGGCUGGGAUCAACAAAAAACAUAGCCGCAUUUCUAGGGGAUAUUCGGAGGGUUUCUCCAAGCGUGGUUGUAUUCGUAGACGGCGAAGGGUGGGCUGACGACGCUACAGCGACGUCGUUUCGUCGGAGUGUUGUGAACAGCCUAGAAUUCUACUCGGUCGUGUUGGAGUCGUUGGAUGCGUCACUUGUGGGAGGGUGUGGGGAAUGGAUAAGGAGAAUAGAAAUGCUCCUGUUGCGACCGAAGAUAUUGGCAGCGGUGGAAAGCGGAGGACGGCGGGUCCCGGCAUGGAGGGACAUAUAA